AAUCGAUAGCGCUAGUUGAGGGCAUGAAUAAAUUGCGACAAGUACUACGAGUAUUUCGAACGGGGAGCAACCACAACAAACGAUUGCACAAUUGUCAGUGGCAAUGUUUUUCCCAUUUCCACCAUUGGCCAACGUAUUUACCAUUUGCAUUGCGUUGCGGGCCAAAUCUAAUUGGAUUAGGGAAAAAAACCUCACGCCGCCCGGCCAAGACCCAGGGGCCCAGCCAGCAGCAGUCACAAGGGGAACACGCAGCAGGCCUGAUGGCAUGGCGGAUCCACAACUAGAGCUGGAAAUGCCACCAAGAAUAGGAUUACAUAUAAACCACAGCCAUGAGCGAGCGCCACAUAAAACCCAUCUUCAAGCGAAGGACGAGCGCCUCCACGAAGAACCCCAGCGCCAGCGCAAGCAGCCCCUUAAUCAUUGACUAUGAGCGCAUGGAGGGGGAGAAUGGAGCCAAGGCUAUGCUUCCAGCAGCUGCGCCAGCACCACCCACUGGAGGACAUGGCAAGCUGCUGCUCAAGCUGACCUCCUCAAAGAUUUCACUGCGUAAGAAUCCGCCCCAGGAACAGCGACAGCAGCUACAGACCCUGCCCAUUGCCGAGGCAGUGCGUCGCAAGUCGGCGCCACAGCUGUUCACCUUCACCAUUUCACCGAAAGUGGAGGGCAGCUCCGCGGACACGCCCACCGUGCCCAAACUGGAGCUGAGCAACUGCAUCAUCCGACGCUCGCGGACACUGGGAUUGCCUGGGCCCAUCCAACCCACUCUGACGGAGAUACCCCUGGAGGAAGCCCAAGUCCAGGACAGCGGCAGCGAGCCCAGCAGCAGCCUGGCUGGAGGGGGUGGCAGUUCCACCUCCCCGGAGUCGCUGCUGGACAACAUCUUGAGCGGUGCCUCGUCGGUGUCCGUGCAGAGCAGCAGCAGCAGCAGCCAGGCCAGCAAUGUGACGGUGGCUCAGCCACAGAUCAGAGCCAAGGCCGAGCAGCUGCAUCCCAAGCGAUUGCUGAGUCUGAAGGCCUCCCCAGAGCUGAGGGUGUCGCCACCCACGCCGGACACCGCACAGCCCAGGCAGGAGUUGCUGCCGCGAUUGCUCCUACAUUCCGUGGAGCGGCCACCCACACUGGAGAUCUACAAUGCACACAGUCCCCAGAUCCGAAGUCGCUCCAAUUCGCCAGCCAUCACGCCCUCGCCCUCACCCAGCAUCACGCUGAGACCCAGCACCCCACCGGAGACAUCUUUGGUCACCUUCACAGAUGAUCUCAAGUGCGCCAUCUGCAUGGAUGUGUACACGGAUCCGCGCACCCUGCACUGCCUGCACUCGUUUUGCCUGCAGUGUCUGGUCAAUGAGAAUUUCAAGGAGGAGGCCUGCGCCACAUGGGAUCAGGAUCAGUCACAGAGCGAGGUGCCCUCCAACUACAGCCUGCGCUCAGAGAUGGGCGGUUCGAGUGCAGAGCUGGCGACGGUUUCCCCAGCCAGGCAGCGUGGUGCCAGCUUCAGUUUGAGGCGCAAGAAGUCCAUGGAUCGACUGGUGGUUAGGUCAAAGAGCGAUGGCAAGCGCUCCACUAGUUCCUUUAGCACUCGCUUCACGGGCAGCUUUGUCAGCGACAUUGCCCCACGCUGCAUACGCUGCCAUGUCUGCCAGUAUCCAACGGAUGUGCCACUGGGUGGUGUGCGUCUGCUGCCACAAAACUACUUGCUGGUGAGGCGCAUUGAAGUGCUGCGCCUACAGGCAGGCGAAGAUGUCAUUUCGAGGGUGUGGUGUUCGCUCUGCAGCGAUGAGAUUAGUGCCACCUAUCACUGCAUCAGCUGCACCCUCAAUCUGUGCUCCCUGUGCAAAGAGGCGCACGAGCGGCAGCGUUCGACAGCCAAUCAUCGCAUGAGAGGCAUACUGGAGCUCAGGCGCGCACGCAAGCAAAAGCAGCAGCAGCUGGGACUCGGAGAUAGCAGCAAGCUGGUGCUAAAGUGUGGCCUCCACACGAACUUUGAGCUGAAGGCCUUUUGUGUGGUGUGUCGACAGUUGGCCUGCACGGAUUGCCUGGUGCUGCUGCACAAGGGACAUCGGCACGAGAACAUAGCCCGGGCCAUUGGACAGCAGGGAAAACUCCUCAGAGAAGCCACCGAUCAGACGCGUCCGCUGUGCCAAUAUGCCGAGCAUUCGAUCGAAAGGCUGAACGAGAUAGCCAGGGGCAUCAAUGCCAGAUGCGAUGAUAUACACAGCCAGGUGGAGCGCCAUAUGCAGGGUUACUUCGAGGCAGUCGAAGUGCAUCGAAGGACGCUGCUGCAGCAGAUAAGUCGCGCUAGGGAGUCCAAAGUGGAGAUUAUACUCAAGCAGCAGUUGGAUUUGGAAAAACGCACUCAGGAGGCCAUGGAUGCUAUACGCUUUAGCCAGGAGCUGUGCGAAAUUGGUGCCGAUGCAGAGAUACUCAGUUUUGUGGGCAUUCUUCUCAAACGUUUUGAGUUUUGCCAGCAAUUCAAGCCGCCAGUGGAUCCCAAGAUCUCCGAUUCGCUGCACUUUCUGCCCAAGAUACGGGCACCGGCCACCAAGGAUCAGCGGGAUAUACCGCUGUAUGGCAUCAUUACCAUGCAGGUGGUGGAGCCAUCGCUGUGCACUCUCGAGUGGGAGGGCUUCUCCCAGCUGCGACUCCACAAGAAGGCCGAUCUACUGCUGCACUCGCGCGAUGCGGAUGGCGUUUCCCUCUGUCAUGGUGGGCUGCAUAUCAACUGCAUGAUCAAGUACAAGGACUCCACUUCAAAGUUUCUGCCCAUCGAUGUGGCGGACAAUCGUGAUGGCAGCUAUAACAUCUCCUUCACGCCCGACUCUCAGGGCACACUGAUCCUCACGAUCACCAUCAAUGAGCGGCCCAUCAAGAGCAGCCCCUUCACGUUCCAGGCCAGGCAAGUUCGUCCACACACGGGCAUUUAUCACUGCUGUUCCUUCUGUUCCGGCAAGGGCAGCCGGAGUGUCAAGUGCAGCUGCGAGGGACGUAUGCCGGGCUACAGUGGCUGUGGGCAUGGUCAUGCGGGGCAUCCGGGACGUCGUCACUGGUCCUGUUGUGGCAAUGUCCUAGAGAACUCGGAAUGUAAUGUGGCCAACAAGUUGCUGAAUGCUUAGCCUGUUCCACUGGGCCACGUGGCUUGGGAUACCAAAUAGAUAUCAAUCUUGGGUAUAAAUAAGCUUCAUUUCUGAUUUGAUUAGCAAAAUUUUUAAAAUAUAAAAAAAAACGA